GAGGAGGGGCGGUCCGAGUCUCAAAGGUGCCGCGCGUAAAGUGGCCAUGCUGCGAAGGUCGUUGCAGUUAGCCUUGGCGCGGGACGUCUUGGGCCGGGGGCUAGGCACACACAGAGGAGGCUCCACUCUGGACUGGAAUGGAAAGAUGUCCGAGAUUAAGAAGAAGAUCCAGUCAUUCCUUCCCGGAGGAGCCUGGACUCAACUCCACGACACCAGCUACCUGCCCCCCGAACACUCGGAUGUGGUGAUUGUGGGGGGUGGGGUGAUGGGCCUGUCCGUGGCCUACUGGCUGAAGAGGCUGGAGAAGCCACGAGGUGCCAUUCGGGUGCUGGUGGUGGAACGGGACCACACGUAUUCCCAGGCCUCCACCGUGCUGUCUGUGGGCGGGAUUCGGCAACAGUUCUCGGUGCCUGAGAACAUCCAGCUCUCCCUCUUUUCAAUUGAUUUUCUGCGGAACAUCAAUGAGUACCUAGCUGUGGUUGACGACCCUCCCCUGGACAUCCAGUUCAACCCCUCAGGUUAUCUCUUGCUGGCUUCAGAAAAGGGGGCCGCAGUCCUGGAGAGCAACGUGCGGGUGCAGAGGCAGGAAGGAGCCAAGGUCUGCCUGAUGUCUCCUGAGCAGCUGCGGAACAAAUUUCCCUGGAUAAACCCAGAGGGCGUGGCGUUGGCGUCCUAUGGGAUGGAGCAUGAAGGUUGGUUUGACCCCUGGUCUCUGCUCCAGGGGCUUCGGCGAAAGGUCCAGUCCAUGGGGGUCCUCUUCUGCCAGGGAGAGGUGACACGUUUUGUCUCUUCGUCUAGCCACGCAGAGACCCCAAGUGGGGAAGAGGUGACUUUGAAAAGGGUCCAUGAAGUUCACGUGAAGAUAGACCACAGCCUGGAGUACCAGCCUGUGGAGUGUGCCAUCGUGAUCAAUGCGGCAGGGGCUUGGUCCGGCCAGAUCGCGGAGCUGGCUGGUGUCGGGAAGGGACCACCUGGCACCCUGCAGGGCACCAAGCUACCUGUGGAGCCGCGGAAAAGGUAUGUGUACUUGUGGAACUGUCCCCAGGGGCCAGGCCUGGAGACUCCGUUCGUCAUAGAUGCCAGUGGAGCCUAUUUCCGCCGGGAAGGAUUAGGCAACAACUAUCUGGGCGGCUGUAGCCCCACUGAGGAGGAGGAACCGGACCCAGAGAACCUGGAAGUGGACCACGAGUUCUUCCAGGACAAGGUGUGGCCCCCUUUGGCCCAGAGGGUCCCGGCCUUUGAGUCUCUGAAGGUUCGGAGUGCCUGGGCUGGCUAUUACGACUACAACACCUUCGACCAGAACGGCGUGGUGGGUCCCCACCCUCUCGUCGUCAACAUGUACUUUGCCACGGGCUUCAGUGGCCAUGGGCUCCAGCAGGCCCCUGCUGUGGGGCGAGCUGUGGCAGAGAUGGUGCUGCACGGCAACUUCCAGACGAUCAACCUGAGCCCCUUCCUCUUCAACCGCUUUCACUUGGGAGAGAAGGUCCACGAGCACAACAUCAUCUGAGCCCAUAAGCUCUUUGCUGGCCCAGCUGCCCCGUGCGCCACCCUUGGCUCAUGUUCACCUCCUCCUCGCUGUGACUUCCUCCCCAGCCUCAAGCCAAGCUCUCCUCCACCCUCCUCUCCCCGCACUCUGCUCAUCCUGUCCCACGGGGCUGGGCGGGCAGGUGGGCACACUGGAGGCUCUGGGAGGCACGUGCCUGAGGCCCAGGCCAACAAAAUGAUGGGAUGAGACCCAGAACUGAUCUCUGGCCCGGGCCAAGGCCACCCAACG